AUGGAGUUAGUGGGUUUAGAUGAUGUCGAAGUAGAUGAUACCGAGACUGUAGAUAAUAAUAUUGUGGAAGGUUUAGCAACACCGACAAUUGGGAUGUAUUUUGAGACAAUUGAAGAAGCACGGAAAUACUAUGAACGUUAUGGUCAAGAAAAUGGAUUUUGGAUUCGUACUCGAGCUUCAGGCAAAGGACGAAAUCGGUCGAAUGAAGUCACUAAGGUGCUAUUUGUUUGCGGAAAAGAAGGAAAGUAUGUUGCGAGAAAUCAGCAAGAGGGUAUCGUGGAGGUGAAUGAUGAGACAGUCGGAGAAGAGAAAGUGAUAUCAAAGAAAAGAGUUAAAAGUUGUUCAACCGUUAAAUGUGGAUGCGAGGCUCAUAUGCAGAUUAUGCUUGACAAAUGGAAUUACAAAUGGAAAGUAACAGGUUUUGAUGAACGUCACAACCACCAACUAGUGACUCCAUCUAAAAGGAUGAAAAUGAAGUCAAAUCGAAACAUGCCCAAAGCAGUUAAGGAUUUGACUGAGAGUAUUUUGGCAUGUUAGCUUUGUUUCGUAAUGUAAUGUAGUUAUUGUGCUUUAAAUUUGGAAUUGAAUGUAAUGGAAUUGACCAGUUUUUAUGUUAACUGUAAGAAAGUUCAUUUUAUGGAUCAGUUUUUGGGAUGAAAUGGAAUGUAAGAAAGUUAUUCUCAUGGAU